AUGAGUUGCAGGAUGGCAGCCUGCCUACGCUGGGACUGGCUGCUCUUGCUGCUCCCUGACAUCCUGCUCAGCCUCCACAGCCCACUGUCAGCCCCUGAGCCAGUGACAUCCCAAGAUGCUGCACUGCUGGCAGAGGUGCCCGAGGACAUCCGCUGCUUCUCCCGCUCUUUCGAGGACCUCACCUGCUUCUGGGAUGAGAAUGAGAAGGAGGCAGCAAGUGGGAAGGGCCACUUCUACUACUGGGACGUGCCCACAGCGUGCACGGUCUCUACGUGGCGCCAUGGGGCCGGCGGGACGCGGCACGCCUGCGUCUUCCCUGGCCAGGAUGUGCGGCUCUUCAUCCAGCUCCACCUCCGCGUCCUGGAUGCCACCACCAAUCAGACCAAGUACUGGCGGGAACUCAGCGUAGACGCGGUGGGUCUCAUCGCCCCCCCAGCGAACAUUACAGCCCGCUGGGCUGGGGCUGUGGGGCAGCUCUGCGUGUCGGGGCAGCCACCACUCACCGACUACCUGAACUUCUUCCUCUACGAGGUGCAGUGCUGCCCUGCCAGCUCCCCAGAGAUGCCCUGCAGCACCGUGUCGGACCCCAGUGGGCAGCGCCCCAGGGACCCCUCCAGCCAGCCAGCUGUCAGCACCAAUGCACCCACAGCCAGGGCAGCUGCAGCUUCCCUGAGAGUGGGGCAGGGGCUGGUCCAGACCAACACCUGGGUAGUCCUCCGGGACCUGCAGCCAGGGGUGAGGUACCACAUCCACGUGCGCAGUAAGCCCGAUGGCAUCUCCAUGGAUGGCGUCUGGGGGCCCUGGUCACAGGCGGUGGCUGCAGAGACACCCCAUUCCUCUGGAGAUAUCGGGCUGUGCUGCAGCACCCCUGACCUGCAGCACGUGCGCUGCGAAUGGAGCUGGGACUCUGCAGAGCCCCACGGCUCCCACCAGCUCUUCUACCGGCCACCUCCAAGCAGGGCCAGCACAAGGGAAGACACAUGGCAUCAGUGUGAGGAGGUGAGUGUGGGGCUGCGGGGCACCCACUCCUGCACCUUCCAGCCCAGGGCUGGCAGCGCCAUCUCUGUCCUGGUAAACAUCACCCUACCCCAUGCAUCGGCCACGCUCAGCUACUUCAAGGAGCCCUUCUGGCUGCAUCAGGCUGUCCUCACAGAUGCCCCACAGCUCAUGCAGGCAACGGUGUCACAGGGCCGGCUGAGCCUGCAGUGGCGCGAACUGGCAGAGCAGCUGGACUACCAGGUCCGCUAUGCUGUGGAGAACAGCCAUGACUGGAAGGUCCUGCAGGUCCCGCGGGCAGCCAGGAAGGAAGUCCUGAACCUACCUCCAGGUGCCCGCUACCACGCCCAAGUGCGGGCCCAGCCCAGUGGGCCAUGGUACCAGGGGAGCUGGAGCACCUGGUCCAAACCUGUCGUGGUUGACAUGAUGGCUGAUGCAGGCAAGGGACAGGGCAGGAGCAGAGGCUCACCAGGCAGAAGGUGACAAGGGCUGAGAAGGGCUCAGUGGUGGCCAGUCUGGGGAGGGCUACAGUCCCGGUGUUCGUCAUCUGAUGCAGGCUGGAUCAUUCCGAGUGUUAUGGUGGUGCCGCUGCUCUUCACAGGAGUACUUCUGGGGCUGCGGUGCACCUUCCCCUCUCUCUACAGCAACGUGAAGCAGAAGUUCUGGCCCCCCGUUCCCGAUCUGCACCGCACACUGGGCAGCUUCCUCCACGAAAGUGGCCAGCAUG